CGCUCCAGACGCUCCGGACGCCGCGCCGCGCGCGCGUCCCGGCCGAUCUAAUGUCGUGAGGAGACGUCGGUGCUUGCGACGCUUGCAGCGCACGCUAGCAGUUAACAAUUCAUCUUCGCGUUCCCGCGUCUUGAAAACGAGCGCCGUGUCGCCGUACCGCGUCUCCGAUCGACGUCAAUCGCGACGGAGAGAAACGUCCUGACAUGAUGCGCGAUAACGAGCGGAAGAUUUCAAGAGAUCUCAUCGAGGGUCGGACGACGCGACGCGACCGUCUCGACGCUCGUCUUUCAGACGCGGGAACGAGAAUUAGUGAUUAGUUCUUUUUGACGGAAACCUCGUCGUGGAAGGCUCAAUAUCGCGAGGAUACUGCGCGAGUCUCGUUUACGAGGAAAUUCACGAGUUCACAGCAGAAACAACAUUCAUGCUAAGGGUAAUCUUUAUACACCAGAUUAUUGCCAAAGAAAAUGUAUUUCUUUAAGAGAGCAAUACAAUCGCGAAAAGAAAAGAAUUGAAAAUCAGUGUAAAAGUGGAAGUGCUGCUUUAAAGUCCAAUAUCCAUCAGUUCCCAUAUUAUUCUUAGUUGACAUUUUUGGAUCAGGUUAUCAAAAGACGAAGAUCAAAUUUACAAUAUUGCAAAUGCAAUAUUUUAUUAAAGCACCUUUUGCAAAAUAUUCUUCUACAUUAAUUACAUUUUCCGUACAUUUUCCGGUUUUAUUUAUAGCGUAUUUGUAGAAGCAUGUCUAUUACGGUGACGAGCUUCACGGUGAAUACUCGAGUAUAUGAGGAUCAAAAACCAGGUACUUCGGGCUUGCGGAAAGCCGUAAAAGUCUUUCAACAGGAACAGUACACGGAGAACUUCAUCCAAGCGAUACUACACGCUCUAGGCGACCAACUACCCGGAUGUACUCUCGUUGUCGGUGGCGACGGGCGGUUUUACGGGAAGAAAGUGGUGGCGAAAAUCAUCAAGAUCGCCGCAGCGAAUAGAGUAAGGAAAUUAAUAGUGGGUCAGCAUGGUAUUCUCUCAACACCAGCUGUAUCAACUAUAAUUCGAAAGUAUAAAGCACAAGGUGGUAUCGUCUUGACGGCGUCGCAUAAUCCUGGUGGUCCUAAUGCUGACUUUGGUAUCAAAUUCAAUUGCGACAACGGUGGUCCUGCACCAGACAAUGUAACAAACAAAAUCUAUGAAAUUACUAAAAUGCUCCAAUGUUAUAGAACCAUUUCUGAUGUUAGUGUAGAUAUUGAUAAAAUACAAACUGUAUCAAUCGAGGUAGAUGAUAAACCAUUUACCAUCGAUAUAAUCGAUUCUGUGAACGAUUAUGUGGAGCUUAUGAAGGAGAUCUUUGAUUUUGCAAGUAUUAAAAAAUUAUUGCAAGGCGAUAAGCCGGCAUUUAAAAUACUCAUCAAUUCUAUGAAUGGAGUUACAGGGCCGUAUGUAAAACGAAUAUUUAGCGAUGAAUUAGGUGUUGACCAUACAAGCUUAGUAAAUAUAAAGCCUUUAGAAGACUUUGGUGGUUUACAUCCUGAUCCAAAUUUAACUUAUGCCAAAGAUUUAGUAAAUGCUAUAAAGAAAGGGCCAUUUGAAUUUGGCGCAGCAUUCGAUGGAGACGGAGAUAGAAAUAUGAUCUUGGGCAAAAAGUCCUUCUUCGUUACUCCCUCUGAUUCUUUAGCAGUGUUAGCGGCUAAUUUGAAUUUAAUCCCAUAUUUCCGAAAGACUGGUAUUAAAGGAUUCGCUAGGUCUAUGCCAACGGCUGCGGCUGUCGAUCGAGUCGCUGCUAAGAAUAACGUUAAGUUCUUUGAAGUUCCUACCGGAUGGAAGUACUUCGGGAACUUAAUGGAUGCUGGAAAUUUGUCGCUAUGUGGAGAAGAAAGUUUUGGUACUGGUUCUGAUCACAUUCGCGAGAAGGAUGGUAUAUGGGCGUGUUUAGCAUGGCUUAAUGUGAUUGCAGGACUUGGAAAGUCUGUGGAAACUAUUUUAUUGGACCAUUGGAAACUUUAUGGAAGAAACUUCUUUACUAGGUAUGAUUAUGAAAAUUGCGACUCUGUGAGCGCGGAUAAAAUGAUGCAGAGCAUCGAAGCUCUCAUUCAAAAACCAGAAUUUAUCGGUAGAAAGCUACAGUACGAAAAUAAAGAAUACAUUGUUAAGCAAGCGGACAAUUAUUUCUACGCGGAUCCUGUUGAUGGUAGCAAAGCUACGAAACAGGGUUUACGGAUAUUGUUUGAGGAUGGUUCUCGUAUAAUAUUCCGUCUAUCCGGAACGGGAAGUUCUGGUGCUACUAUACGUAUGUAUAUUGAUAGUUACGAGGAUGAUCCAUCUACUUUCGAGAGAGACGCACAACUGGUCUUAAAACCUCUUAUUAAUAUUGCCUUAGAAUUAAGUGAACUUCGUCAGCACACUGGUCGUGAUUCACCGACUGUGAUUACGUAAAAUCUUAUCUUUUUGCUUUAUUGUUGAGGAAUUAUUUUAAUUUUAUUCUAUUCGAAAGUUAUUUAUUCAGAGAAAUUUGUAAAACUAGAAUCUUGUCAAUACAAAUUUAUUUGGAUUUUAGAGAUUCUUUCUAGUUUCAUUAUCGUCGAAUUCGCAAAGCAAUAGCAUAGUAAUCGUUAUUGACGUCAAUGAACGAAUUUUCCAUUUUUAUAAAAUGUUACCAGUUUACGAUUCCAUCCAUAUAAUAUACAUACAUACAUAUAUAUGCACAACAUUAUGCAUAUUGAACAAAAACUAUUCGAGACGCAUAUGAAAAGUAACUGAAAAAGAAGCAUUUUAAGAUUUGUAUACUAGAUAUUUGCUAAAUGUUAUUGCUGUAAUCGUUAUCUUUCGAUUCGUAUUGACCAUAAGGAAGUGUAACUUAAACUUAUUUCAAUCCUACUUUUACUUUAAGUUCCGAAAGAACAUUGGUGGUGUUCUUGAAUCACUAAGAGCUGACUUUAUCUUAUGGUCUCUCUAAUUAGAGACAAUAAUUUGCGUAGAAAUAUAUAUUAAUAAGUUAUACAUAUAUAGCUCAUAUAUUUACAUAAGUUAAUGAGCAGCUUAAAUUAUCUUUAUUGUGCAUUAUAAUAUGGAUAUGUCUGAUAUACAUGUAGGUAUUCUACAUGUACUGUAAAAUCUCUUUUGGGAUACUUUGAUGUUUUACAACCUUUCCAUAUUAAGUUGCAAGAAGACAUCAUAAAUAUGCAAUAAUUCAUCUACUUGUUGCCACAACAUAAAAAAUGUAGACUAUGAUUUGAUUUACAGAGAAUACGUUUUCUUCAAAAAAUGUUUAGUAUGAAAUAUACUUAUUCAUCACAUUGUGGAUAAUAUAUAUAAUUUAUUUUUUAUCGAAAGCUGACGCUAAAGAUGAUAAAAAUCUUUUAACAUUUACAUAUAUUUAUAUUAUAUAAUUUAUAAUAUCUUUAAUAUUUCUCUCUCUCUCUCUCUCUCUUUUUUCUACAUUUUAUAUAUAUCACGAAUAAUCACGUGCAUUCUGCGGUAUGUAAAAAUAUAAUUUGUAAAAGUGACGAUAUUGAAUGGACAGGGUUUGUACAUUGUCAAUCUUCCAAAGCAUUAUGUCUAUCCAUGAUUCAUCUAAUAUUCGUUCUAUAGUUACCAUUUAAUUUCAUCCAUAAUUUCAUAGUGAAAACAUUAUUUCAUAUUUUAAUUUGGAUGCUUUUUAAGAAAAAACGUUAAUCUAGUAUUAAGUUCGAAAUAUGAUUGGCUUAAUAAUGCAGAAUUAUUUUACUACCAAUUAUAUGACUAUAUCAACCGAAGUAUGCAAAAGAAGGUUUAGAGACUGGAUUUCUAUUCUUGAUAGCAUAAUAUUGGAGGAUUAACAAAAAUGUAAAUUCAAUACUGUCUUUAAGGGUCUGUCUUUCCAACAUUGCUUAAUUGUUUUUAUCACUCUAUUGAUAUUGUAGCAAUUGUGUUAUAUGAUUUAAACAGAUAUAAGAGAUAUAAGAUAUCUCUUAAGUAGAUUACUACUUUAUGCGAAGAUGGAAUGAUUGGCCCUAUGAGUAUAUUGAAUAUAGUAUAAUGAGUAAUAAUAAGGGGCUUUCAUAUAUUAUGCUUUACGUGCGAGCGUGCGUAAGGUAAAUAAUUAUUUUAUUAAUAAAUUUAGUCAUCUCAAUUUUAAAAGUCUGCAAUUCCAUAAAUGUAUAUGUGGUAAUACUAUUUCGAACUUAUACAAUAUGAUGCAGAGUUUUUCCGAAUAUUUGUCGAAUAUUUUGUAAAAGUUAUAUUUGAAUUUAAGGCUUUACUAUCUUCGCGUAGAAAGUCAGAGUUGACGGUGGCGUUUAGCAGUGUCGAGAAUACGAAAUAACCGUGUCAGCGUAGCUGAUUGGCUGACACUCGGCCAGGCUCACGGUUAGGCCUUGCUUGAUACCUCGGAAAAUUACUUGCAUUUUAUCGCAUUAUUUUUCAGUUUCUCCGUGAAGUGUGUAUAUUAUCGUGAUCCUCACAGCCGUAAAAUGUACAGCAAACUCAGUGAUACUGGUGAUAUAUUAUGAAAAUCGAGAAAUUAAAUGUGUUCAUACAGGCUGGUAUCUCAGCUGUCAAACCACCGUGACAGCCGAAAAAUAUAGCAUUAUUUCAGGAAUUAUUUUACGAUACUACGUGAUAUAUCAGCCAGAUAUCUAAGUUUGCUGUACUUUUUACAGGUUUCAGGACUAGGAAAAUAUUUGGUUCUUUAGGGAAAAGUAAAAAUUAAAGCAAUAAAAUGCAAGGGAAUUUCGGUAUGUCAUUUCUCAUUUUUUAUGUCAUCAAACUAAUAUGGCCGCCCCAGAGAUAGCAGAGCCUUAAUGUUAUAUAGAUUUCUUUAUAUUGAUAAAUUAAUAUUCAAUGAAAUUGGAAUGGGGAAGAUGUAAAAUCUUUUUUACACUCGAUAUUGUACAGUAGCAUAUAUAAAAUCAUCUAUAUAAAAAAUUAUAUCAACUAUUGCGACACAAGUGUAAUACGGAGAGUAUGUUAAAAUUAAAAGAUUGAAAUUUUCGUAGAUAGUAGCGUAUACUGUAGGAAGUUUUAUUUUUUAUCAAAGCAAUUUUUCGUAUCUUUCUGGAACAUUGUAAUAAUUUAUAUUAAUAUUCUUCUCGUGCGUAUCGAUCAGUUUCAUAAUAUUUCACAAUUUUUCUUUUUGCUGUACACUAUCGCAUUUAAGUGUCUAUAGUUUUCUGAAAUUCUUCUAGCUACAUCUGUGGUACCACAUUAAUGAUUAUAGCUUAGUUCUACUCAGAUAUUGAAAGAAAUAUGGAUGCUUAAUUUGGUGAAUUCUCCAAAAACUGAGGGAUAGUCAAGAGAAUCUGUAUUUGUCUCAAUUUCUUCGAAUUUGGGCAACUCCAAAUAUAGCGAUGUAGGUUGCAAAUUCAUAUUUAGCGCGAUACUCAACGUUUUGUAUAAUUCAUAAUAGUAAUUUUGUGAAAUUAUACAACCGUAACGGAAAUCUAUAUUUGUAUCUUAUUAAAUGAUACGUUUGUUUUAGAAUCGUACAAAUGGUAUAAUUUACUGAGUAUUUCGCUAAGAUUAAUCGCGAUAGAGUAGAAUAUGUUAAUGAGAUUUGUAUAAAAAAGCAGUGGGGAGAUCAGAGAUGUAUGAAUUUCUUCCGAGGAGAUCGCGAGUAACUCCAAAGAGUUGACGUAAAAUUCUAUAUAUUACAAUAUAUCCACGUAAGAAGAAAUGAACAAUAAAUAGUAAUACGAAACGUUCGAUAGAUAUGAGGAGCACGUUAUUAUACUGCAAAAUUAUUAGAUGUCUUGGCUAUAAUUAAUAACGACGACGCAGAUGUAUUAUGUAACUUAUUUCCUUCAUUAUUUUCAUUUCGUCUUUGCUUUUUUCUUUUCCUUUUGUACAAUAUUUCCCUACCGAGGUUUGUAUAUCUGAAGUGUCACACAAACGUGUUUAUUACAGAUUACCUGUACAAAAAACGCGUGAUCACAUUCAUAUUUCAUUUAAAGAAAUCGGUGAAAGAUUGCGAUAUGGCGAUACGCUGCGACAGAAGAUCCGGUUGGAGUAACAAAAUUCUUUUUUUAUCUCUUUUUUUCUUGAAUAAAAUAAACGCAGCGUGUUACGAAGAUUCCGCAAGGCAAUUAUGUAAAUAGUUGAUGGUGGAGGAGGAGAAGGAGAAGGAGAAGAAGGAGAUACUUAGGGACCUGAGCCGACAUACGCUCCCGUUCGAUCUGUCGAUUAUGCCCUAGAGAAAUAUAGAAAGAAACGAGAAUAUUUUUUCUCUUUCUCUUUCAGAAUAUACUCUUUAGGACAUAACGAAGAUUAUUCAACGUGGCAGCGAUGUUACAGAGACCAGCAUUGACUGCCGACUUACUAUAAAGAUAUUAACCAUGUAACAUUUGUAUCAUAAUCAUAAUAAAUACUAAUUGUAUCAUUAUAAGUAUGCGAAUGGGUGGCUGAUCAGAAUGCACGUGGCCUAAGAAAUCUAUUUUACACUGCGUCUGCGUAAUUUCUAAAUCGAAAUCAAUUUCUUAAUUUUGGUCUAAGUUACCCUUGUCCACAACCUUGCUUUAAUUCUUAAGCCGUAAGAAAUUGACCAAUCACAGUUGAUUAUUUUUAAAAUAAUAUACUGUGGUUGGUCAAUUUAUUACGGCUUAAAAAUUAAAGCAAAGUUGUAAACAAGGGAUUAUAUGUACCGUUUGGCAGCGUUCUAUGACAAAUUUACUUCAAGUGCUUUGAUUUCGUAGAUUUUUGUUGAGAUGCCUUUAGUGUCAGCAAGUCGUAAAGAAAUAUAUUACAGUGUUAUGUGUAUUCAUUUGCUACAGCCAGACGAUUAAAAAUUGCAACUCGAUAAGUUUUCUAUUAAUAAUAUUAAUAUAAUUUCUAUUAAUAUUAUUAAUAAUAUUAAUGGAAAACUUAUUUAUAAUAUUCUCUUAGUAAUUUUUCUCAAAUUAAAAUUUUCCAACUCAUUUUGCAUCCAAUAGGAAAUUCUGAGAAUUGUAAGAAACAAAUUCUUUUAUUGAGUACAGGAUACGCACGUUGUAAAACUUAAAGAAACAGUAUCGCAACUUUUAAUCAUCUGACUAUAUAUACAUCGAGCACUGUACAAAUACUUCUCCAUCUUCGUUUGAUUCUUUAUCUUCAUGUUAUGAGUUAAGUUUUCGGAGUCAAAUGGCUGAAUUUAUACUAGACACAAAACGCGGACAUGCGAUUUUGUAAAUUAUACAAUCAUAUGAAUGCAGUCAUCCAACUAUGUUCAGAGCCUAUGUUCAAGCGAUUCGUACAAUCUGAAAGUAUGUGUGUGUGGCGACGACUAAUUCAACUUCGAAUAAACUUCAGUACACAAACAA